AUGGGCGCGCUGACCUUCUACCGCUAUGAACAGCCCAUCGUGGACUACUGCCAGGCUCAUCAACCCCUUCGGCUCAACAUGGGCUACGAAGGACCUCCCCAGGGACUAGAAGGUCUUGAGGAACUGGGACCGUGCGACCGGGGCACCAUACAAACAGUGGCCCUACCCGCCGUGCCACCGGUCUCCAGUAUAAACACUCCCAUACCCAGAGCCCGAUCGCCGCCUCCACAACUGAGACCCCCGGCGGAAGGCCCCAGCAGCGGACCCUACCCUCCUCCUGAACGCACUGGCACGCUCAAGUUUGGACGCUAG